AUGGCUCCCAACGUCAACACGAAGGCGAGGAACGGAGUCGGUGUCGGUGUCGUCGCCAACGGCAAGCCUCUCCGUCGCGUCGUGCCUGCAAUUCCCCUCACCUACGAGCGCCGCCUCAAGGCCAAUGCUGCUGCAAAGCAUGCCGCCGCCCAAGCCCACGCCGCCUCCGUCCCAGUUGUAUCCCUUCCUCGGCCCGCCGCCACCACCAACGGUUCUUCUUUGAAAAUUCAGAACGACGUCGACGACUCUGCGCCACCGACCCCAAAAACCCUCGAGCCUGCCAUCGCCGAGAAGACGGACAACGACGAUAACGACGCCGCCGCCGAGGACGACAACGACGAGAAGCCUGCUGAAGAACAUGCAGUAAAGGAUCGCGACGGUACUCAACAGACUUCGAUCACUGCCCCUGCUGCCACCGCCCCCGAAGUGUCCGAAGCGACCGACAAGCCCUCCGAACGAGACGCGCCCCCGACUGUCAUGGAAUCUGCGCCAGGUAUGUUGCUUGCUGGCCGCUACGCAUGCCAGGAAUCUCUCUCACACUUUGCGGACGACCACCCGGCAGCUUCGCCGGCCUCUGAGAAACACCAGCUUCCUCCGACUUUCCGACCCCCUCCUGUCAUCUCUCCUUCGCGCUACAACAUGCCUCCCGGCGCGCCCAACGGAGCUCGCCCUGCGCCAGUCGUCCUCAAUGGCACUUCUCACCGAGGCCCUCGAUCUGUCCACAACGGCCCCCCGCACAUGCAUGGCCCGCGCCCAAGCAACGGCAGCCUAGUGCAGUUCGGCGGAUUUGGUUCCAACUCAUCGUCUCCCGCCCCUCCUCACUCUGGCGGCUUCAUGCCUCCUCCCGGCGCGCCCCUCCAGGACGGACGCCAGUUCCACAACCAUGCUGCGGUGGCUGCCAACGGCUACCCUCCUCAAAUGCCUUAUGGCACCGAGUUUGUCCCUGGAACCGCCGUAGACCAGUUUGGCAGACCGAUUCCAGGUCCUCCUGGCAUGGAGCAGUACCACCCGUACGUCAAUGGCUACGGACCGUCCACCCCUCACAGCUUCCAGGGAUCCCACUCGUCGGCUCAGGCGGAGGACGUCGGUGCCUACAACCACUACCCCGCGCCUGGCAUCCCCAACGGUACUUCCCACCUCGAUGACGCUCGCCCUCACCCUCCCCAGGCCGGAGGUUUCGGUGUACCACCCCAGCGGAUGAUGCCUGGUCCUAUCCCGCCCCCGCACAUGAUGCAUCCCGGACACGAAGCCCAGGCAUUGGAUGGACUCACCGCUUACCUGCGGUCACAGUUCCGUGAUACCACAUUCGCUGACUGUACCCUGGAGCUCCGAUAUCUGGACGACCGUUAUCCUCCCGUCCGAAUUCCCGGCCACCGCCUAGUGCUUGCCAGAAGUCAGGUCAUCAAGAACAUCCUCGAGUCUGAGAGCUUCGAAUCUAGCCCGCCGGGUGCUAACCGCAUGAUUCUUCUCCCUUCCGACGACAAGUACCUUCGCUCCGAUGCUUUUUGGAUGGCAGUUCAGCAUCUUUAUGCCUACCCCCUGCUUGGCCUUCCGGACCCCAGUGCCAACGGCGGUCUUGGCAUGGCCGGUACGGCCGACGACCGGUUCGAAUUCGCCCUUGGUUACGCCGCAGCUGGCCACGCGCUGGGUUGGCACCCAAUUGUUGUCCGUGGCAUGGAGAUUGCCUCUCACUCCCUCGGCUGGUCCACCAUUGAGCGAGCCAUCGCAUUCGCCCUGGGUGAUGUAGCGGGCCGUGCCUCAGCCGACCGCCACACCCAGUUUGUCUACGGUGACGCAGUCCAGAUUUUGAUGAACGGGAUUAUCAACUUCCUCGUCAACAACUUCCCGACAGACUUCACUCUGGACACGUCUGUAGCCGAUCCUGAGCGCUAUCCUCGCAUCCCGUCUGUCCCUGCCAUGCCGCCCACCCGUGAAGGCACCCCGACCAUCGCCCACGGAACUUCGGGUAAGGACCGUCGUUCACGCCCAAUGCACAUCCAGUUCGGCGAUCUGGCAUUGAACCAUGACGGCUCUAAGGUGUCCGAGCCCUCACCGUUGUCGCCCCAGCAGCGAAACAUUCAGUCCAUCCUGUCAAGCAUCCUCAUCAACCUGCCCUUCGCAUUCUUGAAGCCGACUCUUGAAUCGAGUGGCUUCGGCAACGUCAACGGAUGGGCCAAUGUCGAAGCGCGCCACCAAAUCAUGCUGGACGUUGUCAACGAGCGUGAAGCCAGAAGACACCGAGCAGUUGAGGCCGUAAGAGCUGGCGUCAUUCCGGACGCCGAGUCAAUCUUCUACGGUCUCCAGAGCGUGGAGCCCCGCGUGGCUGAGGAGUGGAACGGGCUCGGCUGGCGGGAGGAAGUGGUGUCGUACGUCAAUGGCGACGCGCCGUCCCUCGGCCGGCAGUGGGUUCCGCUGAUGGUUCAGAAUGGCGGCGGCCAUGUGGAGAACACGGGCCGCCCGGCUUAUCCUUGA